CUCAAGCCACCGGGACCAGGGUCGGCCGGACUACAUUUCCCAGGAGGCUUAGCGGCCGGGCGUUUCACACGGUGGUGCCGACUAGAUUUCCCAGACAGCUUUGCGGCUACCCGGCCCGGAAGCUUGUGUUUCCCAGAGGCCUCCGGCGGCGAGACCUGAGCCCUUCUCUGGAGUCUGAGCCACAACGAGACUACGACUCCCAGAGGCAUUUGCGGCUGACAAGAAAGACUGCAUCUCCCAGAGACCUCUGCGGCGCCGCGACCGGAAGCGGCGGGCGAGUCGAGUGUCCUUGCGCGCGGAGCCGAGCGACCAUGGUGGCCCGGGUGUGGCCGCUUAUGAGGUUCCUCAUCAAGGGCAGUGUGGCUGGGGGCGCCGUCUAUCUGGUGUACGACCAGGAGCUGCUGGGGCCCAGUGACAAGAGCCAAGCGGCCCUGCGGAAGGCCGAGGAGGUGGUCCCCUCGGCCAUGUACCAGUUCAGCCAGUACGUUAGUGAGCAGACAGGCCUGCAGAUACCCCAGCUCCCAGCCCCUCCAAAGAUGAACUUUACCAUCCGGGAGUCCUGGAAUUCAGGCAUCAUCACGGUGAUGUCAGCUCUGUCGGUGGCUCCUGCCAAGGCCCGUGAGUACUCCAGGAAGGGCUGGGAAUAUGUGAAGGAGCGGACCAAGUGGUGAGACAGCAAGGCUGCUUGCCCCAGUUGGAACAGGGACAGGGACGCCACGGACCUGAAGACUCCAGACUGGGACCCCACUCUGAGGGCAGCUCCCGGCCUUGCCGGCCCAAUAAAGGACUUUGGAAGUGUUCUCCGA